CCUCUUUUGUCUGAUUAGACGACUGACCUGUCGACCAUCAUCAAGAAAAAGGCGAUCGUGUUGUUACGGGGAAGGUUCCUAAAGGUCUUUGGUUUUUGGCAGAGGAUGGAUUACCCAUAUGAAGCAAGCGAUGAGGCCAGCGAAUCUGAGCUCUUGGACAAGAGCCUGUCCAUGUGGAGAGGCUGGGGUACAUUGGGGGAGGAUCCAGCCUUCCAGCCGACACCCCUGGACCUCCAUACUGCAGCAAGCAUCGGGCUGUAUGACUGCGUCAGUGCCUACAUUGCAAGUGGUGAAGUCAACAUCAAUCACAGAAACCGGGGCGGCUGGACACCGCUCAUGUAUGCCAGCUACAUUGGUCAUGACAACAUUGUCAACCUGCUGCUGGACGCGGGAGCUGAGGUGGACCUGAGGAACGAGAAGGGCGCCACCGCGCUGAUGCUGACGGCCAGCUGUGGCAACGAGAGCGUGGCUUACUUCCUAGUCCAGCAAGGUGCAGAAUUGGAAAACCGAGAUAAUAAGGGAUGGACGACGCUUUUCUAUGCGACAUACGCUGGCCAUCAGAAAGUGGUUCAGUUCCUGCUUGACAAUGGUGCUAACGUCAACGCCAGGGAGCCCAGACUUGGAAUCACCCCCUUCAUGAUGGCUGCUGCAGAGGGCCAUGAGAUCAUUGUCAACUUGUUACUGGAACAUGGUGUUGAUGUGAACUUCAAGAAUGCAAAGGGUGAGACAGCACGGUCGCUGGCGCUACUGAAUGGCCACAUGAAAAUCAUUGGCCUCAUUGACAGCCAAGGCAUGGCCCCUAGCGGCCUCCGUAGUGAACCAGCUCAACUCCCGGCAGUUGAUCUGUCAUCCUCCGACGAAAGCUACCAGCGACCCAACCGACCCCACGCUAGAUCAGGGAGGUCAAAGACCAAAGGUCCCAGUAUCCGGGACGGCCCUGAGACGCUGGCCAAGCUGCUGAGUGAGCGCAAAGGAGGGAGACUGGGAGCCGUCUUGCCAAGUGCCGGCCAUGCAUUACCAGGCGAUUAUGUAGCAUACCAGAUAGAAGCAGAACAGUCGAUCGGGCACCAGCUAAGUAGGGCGGACGUACCAGCCUUGGUCAACCCAGAAGAAACAGCAUCGUCAAGAGUCUCCGAAAAUACAUGUAACAACGUGUGGCUGAAUCCAUUCCCACCUCACUACCCUGCUGCCAACAAUGACGAUGAUGACCCUGCCUUCUGCAUCUCCGGUGCCCUGACCAUCAAGAGCAGCACCUCCAGUAACAGCAGCGGCGGGGGUGGGGGCUUCGCCGCUGCUCUGGGGAUCGGUAGCAGCAGUCAUUCCAGCGCUGACGAGCAAUCGUCGGAGACCUCAAGCUUCAGCCUCCCUCCGACCCCGAGCUCAAAUUCCUCGGAGAAUGCGGGGUUUGCGGGGGCGCUCUCCGACCAGCUGUCGCAGAUGAUCUCGGCCGACCUGACGCGCAGGGGAUUCGGUUUGGUGGAUCCGCUCUUCACUGAGCCUCUGGUCACCAGUGGGUUGAGGAGGGAGGAACAUGGGGUACCAGGGUCAUUGCCCAAUAUGCCGUUGCUAGCCGGUCCCCAUCCCCACCAAUCCCAAUCUACUAAUCCCACCAUGGACGCUUACGCAACAAACGGUGUGGGUUACCACUCCAGCGUGCUCCCCCUGUCCAGUGACAUAACCCAGGACGCACCCUAUGACAAACCCGCUGAUAACAAGCAGUACCCUUACCAGGACCUUGCUAGCCUUCUUGAGAGUCUGGGAUUGAGAACUAAAUACUUCCAUAUAUUUGAGGAGCAGGACGUGGACUUGAGAGUGUUUCUAACCCUGACUGAUAGUGACUUGAAAGAAGUUGGAAUCAAACUGAUGGGCCCAAGACGGAAGAUGACCAACGCUAUCGCCAGAUGGCACAGCCAGGCCAGGCCCUUCUCAGACAACCUGGAGCAGGUCUAUGCAGAUAGAGUCGAGACGGCUAUGCAAGAGAUGGCCAUACAGUUGCAGGAGGCCAUGGUCAAGAAGGGUGAGAUGGAGGCACAGGUGAUGCAGGAGAGAGAGCUGAGGAGCGUGGUGGAGGGAUGCCUGAUGGAAGACAGGAAGACCUACCAGCAGCUGCUGAGUCUGGUGUCAGAUGCUAGGAAGCUCUGCCAUAAUAUGAGACAGCUCUACGACAGCGUCAGGUCCUGCCAGACAGAGCUGAUCCGCAGACUGCAGGCCUUCCCUUCCUUCAUCCCCAAGGAUGUCCGCUUCGACAGCCUCUCCCAGCAGUUUGUCUCCCAGCUUCAAAUAGAUCGUCCCCCUCGGAGGGGCGGAGACAACCCAUCCCCGCCCCCGACGCCUGACAAGAACCCGCUAGUCAGCGCCAUCACCUCCAGCCUCAUCACUGGCGACUCGUCAAUGGGCGCCAGCCAGUCCAUCCCUGCUACGAGCACCGGUGCACCGUUGAGUACCAGCCAGGAAGGGGAGGAGCUUGCCAAGCUCACCAUGAAGGACCUACUGAGCAUGCUCAGUCAGGGUUCGCACCAGCUGGGACGGGCGGUCGCUAUGGCGACAAACAACAUGGACCAACUGAUUGAUGGGCAGACUGUCAACUUCUCCCCAAAUUCCAGUGGAAACUCUUUACCUUAAGGUUUUCUGAUAGUUUAUUUUGAAACUUUGUUUUCAAUUCUUUGAAAUAGGAUAUAUUUUGGCAGUAAUGUAAUUAUGGAUGCUGAGUUUGAGGAGUGGUUUCUCUAAAAGUUUGACUUUUAAUAACCAUUCGGUUUGUGUUUAUAUACACACCAACGUACAUGUAUUGGACACUAUUUUUAUUGGACACUUUUGCUAUGCAUUGCAUUAAAAAUGUGUUUGAGGCUGAAUCGUCGGACUUUGUAUUUUUGCACGUUUUGUACAAAAUUAUUUUUGUAUAUGUAACUUUUUCUGCUGCACCCGACUUUUUAACAAUGAUAUUUAUACUUCACAUUUUUGAAAUGCAUUUUCAGGAUGUAUAUUUUUUUUAAAGAAUGUAUGUUGUUUUUUGUAAUGAAUGUUUAAAACAUAGUUAAUAAAUGAGGCCAGUUAUUUAUUGUAGUUUCAAAGAUAA